UGAGGAUGAUGCCUAGCUGUCACAUCCCGAGGACCACCAGCGACCCUCCAAACGUGUGAUGGUAAUUCUCGCUGCGGAAAGUGAACGAUGGCGUCGGCCGGCGUUUUCGUUUGGGUCAUAGCGGCCUUAAUUGUUCAUUUCGCCACUGGCAUACACGGUCAAAUCCGGGCUUUAGUCGACUCCAAACAGAGAUCUGUGUCUCAAAGUGGCGUGGUCACCAUCCUCUCCAAAUCACAUGGUGACCGCACCGUUUAUCCUUCUGCCGGUGUGCUCUUUGUCCAUGUGCUAGAAAGAGAAUAUUUUAAAGGGGAGUUCCCACCAUAUUCAAAAGCAGGUGAUGCUAGUAAUGACCCAAUCACAUUUAACACCAACCUUAAAGGCUAUCCAGACAGGCCUGGAUGGCUCCGGUACAUUCAGAGAACCCCCCAUAGUGAUGGAGUCCUCUAUGGCUCACCAACUGCCAAACAUUUGAGCAAUCCGACCAUCAUAGAGAUUACUGCAUACAACAGACGCACUUUUGAGACUGCCAGGCACAACUUGGUCAUACACAUCAUGUCUACAGAAGAGUUCCCUCUGCCCUAUCAGGCAGAGUUCUUCAUCAAGAACAUGAAUGUUGAGGAGAUGUUGGCCAGCGAGGUGCUGGGGGAUUUUCUGGGUGCUGUGAAGAACGUGUGGCAGCCUGAGAGGCUCAACGCCAUCAACAUCACUUCAGCACUGGACCGGGGCGGACGAGUCCCAUUACCCAUCAAUGAUCUGAAAGAGGGCGUAUACGUGAUGGUUGGAGCAGACGUGCCGUUCUCAUCAUGUCUGCGAGAAGUGGAGACGCCACAGAACCAGCUGCGCUGCAGUCAGGAGAUGGAGCCCAUCAUCAGUUGCGAUAAGAAGUUCAGAGCUCAGUUCCACAUCGACUGGUGCAAGAUAUCUCUGGUGGACAUCACAAAGGUCGUUCCUGUGCACAGUGGUCGUCCAGACAUGGGCACAGGUGUGCUCCCAGACAUCGGAGAGUACAACCCACCUUCCGAGUCUCUGAAAAGCAGGGACUACUUCGUUGACUUCCUGAUCACAUUAGCUGUUCCCUCGGCUGUCGCCCUCGUCCUCUUUUUCAUCCUCGGCUACUCCAUGUGCUGCAGACGGGAAGGGGUGGAAAAAAGAAACAUGCAAACACCAGAUAUUCAGCUGGUCCACCACAGCUCCAUUCAGAAGUCUACAAAGGAGCUUCGCAACAUGUCUAAGAACAGGGAGAUCUCGUGGCCACUCUCAACGCUGCCGGUUUUCCAUCCUGUGAGCGGGGAGGUGGUGCCGCCUAUCCACCCUGACAACUACGAGACCACCAGCAUGCCGCUCAUGCAGACGCAGACGAAUCUACAGAAUCAAAUUCAAAUACCACAGCAGCAGACCUCUGGAGAUAAUUAUUGUAUGUCGACUUUUCGGAGGCUAGAGGUAAAUGGUAUUCCUGAGGAGAGGAAAGUGGCGGAAGCUUUGAACCUGUGAUGAGAUCCCAGGCUUCACUUUUAUACCUUUGGCAGAUGUGCAUGCAUAGCUGUAGCUAUAAAGAACAAUGCUCUGUGUUCUCAUGUUUAUUAACAGACAGUGUCAGAACUAAUGUUAAGAUUGGCACACAAUUUUUUUUUUAAAUGUAUUAUAAAAAUGAGACAUGUUGUCAAGUGUUAUUCUGUGUAAUUUUAAGUGUAAGAAAGAAUUGUUUUUAUAUAAUUUUACAACUAAUGAAGGCACAUUUAAAGAGUAAUAGUAUCUGAUCGGGAUGAUGCUGUUCUGUCUGGUUAUUGUGUUCUCUUACAUGAGUAAAUACAUUUUGAUAAAUAAAUACAUUUGCAAUCUUUAA